CUAGGAUUUUCCUUAAUCUCCUCAGACGUGUAUUCAACACUUUACAUAUAUACUACUAGUUGUAGCCUUGUAGGAAAUAAACGACCAAACCCAUGUUUUGUUUUUCUUCUUUUGGUUGAGAUUUGAGGUCCACAGACAAAUGGGGGAGUUUGAGAGUUACUUUUCUUGCUCUAAUCUCUUGUGUCAAGAAACUGAAGAAGAAGUUUCUUUUUUUGAAACAGAAGCUGAAGACGAUGAAAAUCUUUACUUGAAUGAUAAGGAUGAUGAUGAUGAUGAAUAUAUUGAGAAGUUGAUUCAAAGAGAAACUUCUUGUAUCUCUGAUUAUCCCAUUACCAUUCGAAACAAAUGGCCGCAAUGUGCUCGCUUGAAUGCUAUUGAAUGGAUGUUUAAAACAAGAACACUCUUUGGGUUUCAAAUCCGUACAGCAUAUAUGUCUGUAAUGUACUUGGAUCGAUUUCUCUCAAAGAAAUCCAUUGAUAAUGGGAAGUUGUGGGUUAUCCGAUUGUUGUCGGUGGCGUGUUUAUCAUUAGCAGCAAAAAUGGAAGAGCGCAGAUUACCUGUUUUAUCAGAAUAUCCUACACAAGAUCACUUUGAAAACAAAGUGGUUCAAAGAAUGGAGUUAUUGGUAGUCAGUACUUUGGAAUGGAAGAUGAGUACAAUCACGCCCUUUGCUUAUUUAUCUUACUUCAUCCAUAAAUUUUAUGGUGAAUCUAAACCUGAAGGAUUAGUCUCAAAAGCUCUGCAUCUUAUUGUGCUUAUGAUAAAAGAAAUCAAUUUGGUGGAUCAUCGAUCAUCGGUUAUUGCUGCAGCUGCGGUGUUAGCCGCUUCUUCUGAUAAAAGAUUAACAAGAAAAGCAAUGGAGCUCAAGAUGAAUUUCAUUUCAUUCUGGGGAUCUCUAGAAAUUGAAAAUGUAUUUUGUUGCUAUAAUAUGAUGCAUGAAAUAGAGAUGAGGAUCUCUAAGACACCAAAAUGUGUAGUUUCCUCAAAUUAUUCUUCAGUAUAUCAUGCUCCUGAGAACUCUUGUGCAGUCAGUAAUGGGGUUGGCACUAAGAGAAAACUUACAUUCAACGACUCUGAUCAAUGAAAAUCUGUUGGCCAUCUUUUUGCAGAUAAGAUUUGGGUUUAUUGAUUGGAUUAUUUUGAUUUUAAAAAAAAUACAAAAAAAAUCGAUUCUUGGAAUUAGAUUUUACUUAUAGGUUUCAUCAGCGUUUUUUCAUUACGAUUUUUGUUGAUGAUGAUUGAGGGUUCCAUUUUCCAAUAAGAUGAAUGGUGAUUGGAUUUGCCUGGAAUGUUGUGGUUUCCUUUUUGAUGAGUGGGAAGUUUCUUUGUCACUGUUAGGUAGAAGCAGCACUAGGAUUAGAGGGCCAUUAAAAAACCCAAAAGUAUUUCUUUUAAGGAAUCAAAGGGGAUCUUCUACCCUGAUUAUGAAGUAAACAGAUUAUUAAGAUAGAUGAUGCAAAAAGGCGAGUAAGAUUUGUGAGUAAACACUUUAUGCCACAGUCCACACCAACCACAUUGUAAAAUUGUUCAUGUGAAUCCUGUUAUUUGCUCCUUUUGGGUGAUGGUGUAGGACCCAAAGUUGGAAUAACUUUGUUUUGAGGUGGACUGGGGGAAAAACCGGGUUGAAAGGGGUGAAUGCAGUUGGGAAAUAGGGUGUCAGAGGCUCAGCCCUUCCACAUGCUUUCAUGGGGUUCUUAGGAGAUCCAGUCUGGCAUCGUACGGCAUUGAAUUUUAGUCUCCAGUGAUUACUAUAUGUCUUGUGAAAACACAUAUGGUUUCUCUCCCGACACAUAUUUAUUCAGUGGUUCAAUGUUCCAUCAAAGUCGCACAAUGUGGUUUUCAUUGUUCUUUCAAAUGACUCUGUAGACAGUAAAGACUGCAACGUUUGAAGAACUCUGUCAAAUCAUACAUACAGAUUUUCAAUUUCAUCUUCUGCAUUUUUAGCCUUCCUAGAACUCCGAUCUGAUUAUUAGACAUGAAUAUGACAAAAUUUUUAAGUG